CACAGCAAAGUAGCAUUUGAUUCGAACAAAUAUUACUGUUGCGCUGAAGGAGCAAGCAGCAGGAAACGAGUGGUGGUCAAAGUAGGUCCCUUGUUUCCUAGGCAACAAGUACGGUAACUGCUAACGAGCUACCCGAGAAGAGGGAGCAAAAGUUCGUGCAACAUAACCAUCCACCAUCAUUCAACAUUACACCCCGGCGAGUACGUCAAAGGAUUCUGGAGUACGGUGCAAUUGCAUCACAGAAGCAGCAUUACGCGGCGCGUGUGUGUUAUGUUCGUAAUUGCUUAAUGUUCUCCGUUUCGAAUGCCACACUCACGACCAGGAUAGACCACGGUGUCAUCAUGAGGCUUGCAAAAUGAAAUUCUUGCCCCCGUCACACACAUGUUGUGAACGACAAUGGUUUCAUCAGUUUACAGCAGCAAAAUUCUGCUCUCUUCGGAUCGACGAUUGGAACACACUACUAUACGGGGAGCUUUUGAGUGAGCAAUAGCGGAAGCACGCAGAGUAAUCGCUAGGAAUCUUGGUAGCGGUGCGCUGCUCCAACAAUCCAUCGAACCGACGAACCACCGAACGAGUAUCCAAAGGGUUCGGAAUAGCCAUCUGUAAAGGGGUAAAGAAUUCUUGAGCGGCGAGCGCACUAGUACACUCGCUUCCGGCACGAUUCCGACGUAUCAGCGACCAAGUUGUCGCCGGAUGAGCAGAGACCGGCGACCGUCGUCUCAAUAGGAGAACAUAGGGACAUUCUUCGACAUCGCUCAUUCCUGCUCGUACCAUGGACCCCCAGAACGAUAGCGCUGGGUUCUUCCUGCGGAGAUGGCGACAGCGGCGCAACUGGUGGAUUGCAAGGAGAAUGCUGCUGAUCAGUUUGAUGGUACUUGCAGGAAGCAUACCGGCCCCUGCGGCUGUUGCUUCGCCGGGAGUUUUCUUUUCAACGUCAAAACUACGUCUAACGCUGCCCAUCUCGAAGGAAUCGUACAUCAUUCUACGAAGCGAACCCAUCGUCAACCUACGCUUGCUGUCGACGAGUGGAAUGCAACCGGCCGCUAAUGCCUCCCAGUAUCACUACACCAUCGAGGUGCCAUCCAGUGACGCUGGCUACCUGACGGUGGACGAAAAGACAGGUGACCUGUGGAUUACCUCCAAGAUGCUGUCCCUCGCAAACGUAACCGAAUUCAUCAUCGUGGCGGAGAAUGGGAGCGUUCCGUCGUCCGCAUCGGUUCCAGUGGCUCGCCUAAGCCUCACCAUCGACCCGCAACCGGUGAAGGAAGACUCACUCGAUAGCUUCUGCGAGCACCAUCCGGAUCGGGCUUGCUUCUGGGAUGCGGCACAGUAUCGUGUGGCGGAGAACGGGCCAGCGGGUGGGACGAUCGGCACUCUGGGGCCAGCCAUCUAUCGGCGGCUCUGCCCACAGCACCAAGUGCGAUAUGCGCUGCAGGAGGGCACCACAGGCAGCGACUAUCUGUUGCUCGAUCCGAAUGAUGGCACUCUGCGGACCAAAGUUUCCUUCGAUCACGACAGUCACGCUCCCGGACCGACGCUGCUGGCCGGCGUACGCUGCGCGCAGUUGCAGCAGCUCGCUGAUGGUAGCCAGUCGUCGGAGCAAACCGUCAACCGGACCGUUACUGUCACCGUGCUGGAUCGUAACGAUAAUUUGCCUCGCCAUGAGGUCACAUCAAGUGGAGCGACCGGUGACGAUGUCCAGGUGUAUCUCGACGAUCCGCACGUUAAUCAGGGUGAUCCGGUGGGGCACUUCCGUAUCGUGUUUACGGAUGAUGAUUCGAUUCCGGUGAACACUCGGGUACACUAUCGGUUGCUCGGUGAUCUGAUGGAGCUACUUCGUGUCGACUGUGCAAUGUACGAGAAUGAGCACGACGAUGGACUCAAGCAGACGGUGUUUGGCUGCAAGCUCCUAUUUGCCCGAUCCGGUAUCCUUCGCCAGAGCCCGUACUGCGUUACGUUGCAAGCCGUGGAUCCAACAGUCGAACGAACCGCAGAUGAAACGAGAAGGAACCGUCGGCGUAGCGUAACAUCUGGUGAUGGUGGGAAUGUUACCAUCUGCAUCACCACCAACCUGAAUCGUAUCCACGAGUACGAUUUGCCCCGGCCGGAAGCAUUGACGAGCAACAACGAUGAUGCCCUUCGAUCGGAAUCCGCUAGUGGAUCACGGUUCGAAACGAAACCACAGCAACCGCAGCAAGCUCGAAGAAAGAGCAAAAAGGAUGUUACGACACCGGCCAAGAUUGCCUACCCGAAAGAGGUCGUCGUGUACGAUACCUCGCGCAAGUACGCCCGCAUAGCGGAACCGCGAAACUUCAAGCAGCUCCUCCAACAGGAGAGCGGGAUUUCCGAUUUGAGCUUCCACCUAACGAGCAACCCGCUGGAUGCGUUCGGGAUCACGCGUGUGGCGGGCAUCAUCUAUCUAAAGAACGAGACGGCCUUCAACGAGAAGAGCCUCGAAAGCCGGCACGAGAUCACGGUAUCGUGGAAGAACUAUAGCGUUAACAUUUUGGUGCGGAUGCGUAAAAAUCCCGACGCUGGCCAGUGUGCUGGAGGGACGGUGCUCGUGGAAGGUGGUGUGGAAGACUUUUGUGCCAUCCAUCCGAAUCGUACCAGCUGUUUGGGGGCCUGCGGAAUUGGCAGUUUGCUUGGUCCGUGUGAGUACCGUAGCCGCGAUGGGCCGCCGGGAAGCUUUUCACCCUGGAGCGAAGACUAUCCGACCUGUUCGUCGGGGUUGACGCACUGCCCGGAUGGGAUCUGUGAUCCACUGGAAGAGAUGGGUCAUCGUGAAAAGAUCCACAUCUGCCCACAGGAUUGCGUGUUCAAGCCGGACAUUGUCGGAGUACACGAUUCGGAUAAGCCGCGGGGAAUCCAUACCGCUGUCGGCCAUUGUAGUUGCCGUAGCACGGGACACUGCUCCUGUGUGGACAAUCUGCGCAUUCAUUCGUCGAACAAACGGAACAAAACCACCACCACCACGACGUCGAGUUCUACGACGACCACCACGACGACAACGACGACGACGGAAGCAUCGGAAACGGUCGCCGGUCCGGGGGAGAAAGCUCGUGAUGUAGAGCUACUGACCGUUUCCAGUACGGAGUUGAACGAUACUGAAAAUGUGCCACCGGCGGCUGUUCGCGAUGGCAGUGUGUACGAGCCGGGACUUAUCAAGGGACCGCACGCCUCGAUCUAUCUACUAGCGAUCGUACUAAUACCGAUGAUACUCGCCGUGAUGAUCGUGUCGUACUGUUUCAGCAGGAAGAUACCGAUCAAGGGCAAGCUGAUCGAUAAUAGUGGCAAUUCCGGUCUCAACAGCAUCGCCAUGAAUCUCGUCAGCAAUGAUACGGAGAUAUUUAACGUUGAGCUACCGUUGACCUCACGAAUGAAUGAAAUCAACUUUAAGAUCGAUUAUGACUCCAAGUGGGAGUUUCCUCGCACGAACCUGAUACUCGAUGCAACGCUAGGCGAAGGAGAGUUCGGUAAGGUGCUGAAGGGUUUCGCGACGGAUCUACCGGAGAAGCCCGGGAUCACCACGGUGGCGGUAAAAAUGCUCAAAACGGGUGCCAACUCAGUCGAACUGUUGGCCCUACUGUCCGAGUAUCAGCUACUGCAGGAGGUGAACCAUCCGAACGUGAUUCGACUGCUCGGCGCAUGUACCAAGGGUGACUCGCCGCUGCUCAUCAUCGAGUACUGCCAGUACGGUUCGUUGAAAAAUUAUCUGCGGCUCAGUCGUAAGCUGGAGGUGCUGAAUGCAGACUACGAAAACUCUGUGGAGCCGAUCACGGUGAAGGACAUUCUUUCAUUCGCCUGGCAGAUCAGCAAAGGUAUGGCGUACCUUACCGACAUCAAGCUAGUUCACCGGGACCUAGCGGCCCGAAAUGUGCUGCUGGCCGAGGGCAAGGUCUGCAAGAUAUCUGACUUUGGGUUAACGCGCGACGUGUACGAGGAUGAUGCGUAUCUGAAGAAGAGCAAGGACAGGGUACCGGUUAAGUGGAUGGCACCGGAAUCGUUGGCGGACCACAUUUACACCACCAAGAGCGAUGUUUGGGCGUUUGGUGUGCUGUGCUGGGAGCUGAUCACGCUCGGUGCUUCACCCUAUCCCGGUAUUCCACCCCAGAAUCUAUACAAUCUGCUGAAGCAAGGCUACCGUAUGGAGUGUCCAAAGAAUUGCUCCGAGGAAAUAUACUCGAUUGUGCGAUCCUGCUGGGCAGAUGAUCCUAAACAGCGACCAAGUUUUAAGCAUCUGGCUGGCCAGUUCGAGCUGCUACUAGGACGGAGCGCCAAGUAUAUUGAUAUGGAGCAAAACUCGAUCUCGAAUCCGGUUUACUGCGUGAACGUAGACGAGGUGGACUGCGCCAAGAUCGCCAUAUGCAAGGAGGAACAGGAUCGCCUCGAAAGCCUCUGGACUCCGCCACAGUACGAAACGGUACACGACAACAGCAACACCAGCGAGCUAGCCGGACGCUACCAAACACCAACCAGCAGUGCUAUCACGCUAUCGGAGGACAAAAAGCAGCUACUGCUGCAAAGCUACGAUACCCCACGACCACUGAUCGAAACGGCUACAAUCGAGCAGAAGCUGCGCUACGAAAACGAUGUACGUUUGCGACCGAAAAUGCUGAACGGUGGAAACUGCGACAGUGGUAGCCUGAUAGAACAGCAUCUCAACUCAUCCGCCAGCACUGGCUCACCGGCCUCGGUAUCGUCGUCAAGGGGUAGCACCAUCGGUGGCCGCACGCGGUUCGAAGAAACGUCCUUCAUUGAGCUGGCGGCAUCGAAUUCGAGUAGCGCUGGUGAGUACGAUUCACCGAGCCGCCAACCGCGUCGCGUCCUGUCCUACCUUGACAUGAACAAGCAGGGCCAGCAGCAGCAACUGCUGAGUGCAAAUCUCGAGAUCAGCCACAUGAUCGACAAGAAACAGUCCAAAGAUAUUGCCUUACGAUUCUCGAAUGUCGACAACGAGCUGCAGAUGGUGCUAGUCGAUCCGAGAACCGGUGAUGCGAGUGCCGUAGCCAGUGGGGAAGCUGGAGAAGAUUCUGCACCUAGUAAUGUUCCAUUGAAGCGGCCUCCGGGAGCCGGUCCCACCACUACCAGUGUUGGUGGUGGCGUAGAGUAUUCGGAAAUAGUAAAAAUACGCACUGGACCGACGGGUCAUGAUAAAAUUGGCCACACUCUCACCUCGCUCGUUUAAGCGGUAUAACGAUUUCCCUCCGGAAGGACUUAACCA